CUCCGUCUGUUCAAUCUUUCUUUCGAGAGAUUUUCCCGUUCCUCUCCUUCUGAAUUUAUUUCUCGUCGGAGUUUAGCCUCGAUCACACUUCCUUAAUGGUUUAUCAUUCUUGGCGCAAGUUUCAUUAAAUAGUGGACUUAUUCAUUUUUUUCUUUCAUUUGUGAUAAACUCUCUCAGUAUAAAAUAAGCUGUAUAGACAGGUUGAAUUCAUAGGGGGAAUAAGAUGCCUUGGAAAAGGAUGAUAACUUGAUUCUACAAGAAGAAAUAAAGUCGAAUUAAGACAAUGCUGGAAAAUGUCAUUUUCAUGUUAAUCAUUUUCUACCUACAAGAUAUAGUUUCGAGUAAAAGUGUGAGAGUAACUGAACUAAAAGUUCCCUCUACCGCCAUAUUGGGAGAGUCAGUCACUCUUGUUUGCAACUAUGACCUUGGGAGUGAAGAACUUUAUGUCGUCAAGUGGUACAAAGACGAUCUAGAAUUUUACAGAUUCGAACCAAAAGAUGACAACCAAUCAGUAUAUUUCUCUCAGCCUGGCAUUGACAUCGAUUUAUCAAAGUCAGGUAGCAACGUAGUAUAUUUGAAAAACGUAGCUCUUGACUCAGCAGGAACGUACAAGUGUCAAGUGUCUACAGACGCACCACUUUACAGUUGUGUUCAAGCUGUUAAAGAUAUGAAUGUAGUUAUUUUACCAAUGGAAGGACCAGUCAUAUCAGGGGGAAAAGGCAAAUACGAUUUUGGGGAUAAUGUUACUUUAAAUUGCACAUCAGCCAAAUCAAAACCAGCUGCCAAAUUGAGUUGGGUAGUAAAUGGAGUUUUAAUUGAUGACAAUGACACCACUGUAGACCAUGGAGUUAUUGUCGAUACAGAAAACCUAGAAGCCACAUCCAAAACACUGCAGAUUCCGGUAACCGAGAGACUGCUAAGCAACGGGAGAUUAGCGAUAAAAUGUGAAGCUUCCUUUUAUGGUAGAGUAGCCAUUAUCAGUAGAGAUAUCACACUUAUUGAAGUCGAUUCAGCAUCUAACUGCACAUUCAGAAACUUACUGUUGCUCAUAAUGCUCUUUAUCACACUAUGGCCUGGAUUUAGAUGAAGACUAUUCUAAAGCCUUAAAAAUGAAGCAUGACUACUUGAAGAUGUGCCAGUGCUUCCUGCAUUGAAAAGAUCCAUCUUACAUGUUUUUAUACUGUACAUAAAAUAUCUGAACUGGUAUAAAUAAUGAUUGAAUUAAUUUCGCAUUAACGUGAAAGCUUUUUUUUUUAAUUUUACACUUUUUCUGAAGAAAGGAAUAAAUAAAGUCAUCUUUUGACUAUUCUUUCCAGAUUUCUCAUCUGCAUUUCGGGAAAUCAUGAAUUUUUAUUUAUAAUUUAGAGUUACAGAAAGUUCAAGAAACAAAUCUGUGGAACAAUAAUACGAUUGUCAGAGUGCAUAAAACGUCAUUUGUUUUCUAGUUAACUGAGUGGUUUGUGUUUAAUUUCACAUCCAUGCAUUGCAGAAAGUGAUAAUUGGAAGAUUUAAUGCCUCCUUUGAUACCACACAUUUCUAAUUAAAUUUAUACACUGUUAAUAUGCUUUAAGGCCAAGUUUUGUUUAAAAAAAGACGGAAAAAUCUUUCUGAUAGAAAAUAUAACGUAUAUCACAUAUUUUGUUUCGUAUUGAAAAUAUGUUUUGAUGACAAAACGAACCGAGGUAAUCUUUGUAAAGACUUUUUUUAAGGUGUACCUCGUAUGUUAGAAGAACCCUAAGUCCAAAUCAUAACCUUUUAUUCAGGAAAGCACUGUAAUGAAUUUUUAUUUUUUUCUUCUCAAAUAAUAAAAAAUGAUAACUGAUUUUAUCAAAACUUUUUGUACUUAAAAUGAUUUGGGAAAAAAAUUGAGUUGAGGUGCUGUUUAUAAAGUCUUCUUAUUGAAACUGACCAUCAUAAGUUUUAUAAAAAGUGAAAAAUAAUAAUAGAUUCCAGGGAAUCAUUUUGUACUUUGAAUAUUUUUGAGGAAAGGUAAUGAUUGCAAUUUUUUUUCCUUUGAUACAUAAACAACAUAAAUCAAGAAUUUUGAAUACUUCUGAAAAGAAAAAGAAAUGAUAACGGAUUUUAUGAAACUUGUAUUGUACUUAACAUGUUUUGCAGGAAACAAAAUGAGCUAAUCAAAAUUAUGUACUCGGAAAAAAAUUCUGGUGAAAAUACAUCACUUUAUGGUAAUAACAUUUCUGUUAAGAAAAUACACAAUAUUUAAAUCAUCCGUUUGGUAAUAAUUCCGUGUGGUAAAAGUUAAUCGAAAUUUCUAAUUUCCAAAAUUAUAGUUUUUUUUUUAAUUUUAUUUAUUUAUUUUUUUUUUUUUACCGAGAUUUAGUAAAUAUUUCAAUAAUGAGAAGUAAAUUUAACCGAAUAAAUGUUUUUUGAUGCCAUGCUCUAAGACAAAGUUACCAAAUUUGUAACGUCUUGUAAAAGCAUCUCAUAAAAGCAGCAUAUUUUGCAUCCUAUACAUUAUAUCACUGUUAUUACUAAUUUUACUGAAAUAAUUACCAAAGCCACUAAGGUAAAAAUUACCAAGGUUUUUGUUGUUCCCAUAAAGCCAGAAACGCAGCAAUUUUUCUUCCAAGUGUUUGAUCAUAUUUUAUUUCUUAGUGUAAAAAGUCUCUUUUCUUAAAGAUGAACGUCACAAUUCAAUCUAACCGUCGCUAAAAUUGCAGCUACGUUAGAUUUAAAAUAAUUUAUCUGGUUCUAAUUAGAAACAUUUGAAACAGACUCAUUAAUUUUUGGUUCAUUAAAUUAUAAAUUAUUUUCAAUGAACAUUGUAUUACACAUUAAAAAUUAAAAAUUUAGUUUGCUGUCUUAAAAGACUAUAUAAUUAUUUAAUUAUUCUUAGAUUAUUAUUUUUUUUGAAACGGAAAAAAACCUUACAUGUUUCAGGAAAACAUGCAUUAAAAUAAAUUAAAUUUCAAAUAUUUACCUUCAUGUUGCAGGAAACCAUGCAUUAAAAUAAAUUCAAUUUUAAAUAUUUACAACUUUGAUCCUGUAUUGGUUUAAUACUUUAAUUAAUUUCAUAGGUCUGAAAUUAAACUUUUAUUUAUAUUUUUCUAAUAUGUUUUGUUUCUUGCUACGAGCCAUUUAAUUUACAAUUUCGAUGUCACGCAUUUCUAGAAUAUGCAUGAAAGUAUUUAAAAAUGUAAAGCAUUUGUUAAAAUACGAUAAAUAAAGUUAUUUUAAAUUCCC